UAAAUCUCAAAUCUCACGAUUUACCGAAACAACGAGACACUCAGCUGGAAAAAAGAAAAACCAAGCAAAAAGAAGAGAAUAAUGCUGGAAAGAAAAGAUCAAGCGAUUAAGCUCUUCGGCAUGAAAAUUCCUCUUCCAACGGUUCUUGAGGCUGAAGAAGAUGGAAUAUCGAAAGAGAAGAACCAAAACGAGACAUUAAAUGAUCAAGUGGAGAAAGACAAAACAUUAAAGAAACCAACCAAGAUUAUUCCCUGUCCAAGAUGCAAUAGUAUGGAAACAAAGUUCUGUUACUACAACAACUACAACGUAAACCAACCUCGCCAUUUCUGCAAAGCUUGUCAAAGGUACUGGACCUCUGGUGGGACCAUGAGAAGUGUCCCUGUCGGAGCCGGAAGACGCAAGAACAAGAACAACUCAUCAUCUUGUUCACACAAUGACCACCACGCCACCAUCUCUGAAACAAGUAGCCCGGUCCUUAGUUUCACCCAUGGGGAAGAUCAAAAUGUUUCAAAUAAUAGGUUAAUGCAUUCGUGGCCAUACAUGUGGAAUCCCGGUUUUUACCCGGUUUAUCCUUAUUGGAACGUGCCAGUGUUGUCUCCGUCGCCUCAUUCAAGUCCUAAUUCUACUAUUGGUAAGCAUUCUAGAGACGAAGAUGAGACGGUCAAGCAAAAACAGAGGAAUGUGUCAGUAUUGGUCCCUAAGACUUUAAGAGUUGAUGAUCCUAAAGAAGCUGCAAAGAGUUCUAUAUGGACAACACUCGGGAUCAAGAACGAAGUUAUGUUUAAAGGGUUUGAUUCUAAAAAAGAGGUUACGAUUGACAAAGAAGAAACCGAGACUUCUUUAGUUUUAUGUGCGAAUCCAGCUGCGUUGUCAAGAUCAGCUAACUUCCAUGAACGGCUGUGAUCCUAUGCAUAAUAAUAUAAUAUAUACAGACCUUUAUGUGGAGAUGUGGCUUACAUUUUCUUUUUCUUGCUGAUUGACUUUGUAUUGUUAGGCUUUAACAGUUUUGUAUCGUUACUUUUUAAUUUCUAGUUCUUUUUAAGUUUGAUUGUUGUUGUACGAAUAAAUAACGUUGAAGAGAAGUUCUUUUUGACA